UUAGUCCGGCAAGAAGCAUUACGCGAAUAUGCAUCUCGAUUAUUCGAUGCGAUGCGCCAUAAUGAAACACUACAAAUGAUUAGCCAAGGCAUUGCUGAACCACUGAUCCAACAGGCUACUUUCAGUCUUAUCCUGGCUGAGGCGAAAGAUUCAUUUAUUCACGCCUGGCUUACUCACCAAGAGGCUGCAGAUCAUCAGCUUCGUCGAAAGCAUCCCAUUUUGUAUCACAUUGGGGAGUGGCGAUCGCGUCAGUUGACAAGACUGCAACAACAGUAUCUCGAGCGCUUGUUUAAAUCUCCCACUCCUUUUUUUCUUUCUUUUAUGCGUCCAAUUUCACUGCUCCAUCGACUGGUUGAAAAUUCACAGACUCACAAGUUUGAUGUUCACGAAUUCGUCCUCGCGAAAUGUGCCAGUGCCGGUUUGGAACAACACGCAUUCUUUAUCAGUCGUGAUUUAUUAUUCCUGCGUGAUCGUGAACGACUUCUUCGAGAACAGCUGGAAAAGAGCUCAAGUUUUCCAGAUACUCAAUUCAUAUUUCAAGUUCCUGCCCAAUUACUUCGUCAUUGGCGUGUCUAUCGAAAACACGUGUCAUACACGACCAAUUACGAACUGAUCGACACAAUACUACUCAGUCGAAGACCAUCCUCGAAUGAUCCGAUUAUUCCAGUUAAACGAUCUAUCAAACGAGUUACAACCUCUGGAGGGGUUUCAAACACCGCUACCGGCCGAAACACGCGUGAUGCAUCGUUUGAUGUCGCUUAUCCUCGCAAACCUCCGACCACCGACCGGGAAUUAGGACCGCAGGAUUUUGAAGUGCAUGCCACAGCUAGUCCGGAUCGGGCGUAUCGUCAGUCCGAUGUUCCACUGGUCGAAUUACAACAUUUAGAAGAGGCAAAUCUAAUCACGCAGCCAUUGAUGGAUGGUGAUGCAAGCGGUACACGGCUCAUUACCUUCCUGUCCCGUAUAACAGUGUUAAACAACUCGACUUUUCCACAUUUGGCGCUAACGACCGAGUUUUAUCAGGGUGCAUUCAAAGAUCAUGCUUUGAACGUGUGUGGUGAAUGCGGCAAGUGA